AUGUCACAAGUUUCACAAUUCCGUGGAUCGCCAAAUACUCAGAUAAACAAAGUGCAUUGUUACUUACAAGUUAAUUUUCUAUUAAAUUUGGAUCCUUAUUCAAUGUGUGUGUUCUUCUCAUGUCCCAAAUGUGAUAUUUACGACUUCUCGUUGUGUCAUUCUGAUGCACAAUAUAAACCUUUUUUCCGAGAGAAGCAAGAAAGCAAAAGAAAUAAAAAUCCAAGGCAUAAUGUUUAA